UUAUCGUCAAGGAGUCCACGUAGUCAGGGUUUGUCCAUACAUGYAUAUGUACACUGAUAGGAAACAUUAAACUGGUGUUGACGCCGCUGAAAUUCAUAUACCGCAUAAAAAAAGAUCGCACAAAAAAAAUKGCAUAGAAAAGGCCYCCUCUCAAAAACAGGCUCUACUUUACUUUAUAUGCCAAUACAUAUUAUUAUUAUUCGCUAUGUAUAUACAUAUAGUACAAUACAAAUAAUUGAAUGUCUAAAAUGGAUUAAAUUAAAAAWUAAUAAUAAUAAUAAGAAUAUAUUUCAGGGUGACCUUUUGGGUCAAAGUUGGUUCGACAUACUUCAUCCGAAAGACGUGGCCAAAGUAAAAGAGCAAUUAUCCUCGUCAGAUUUAAGUCCUAGAGAACGACUCAUUGAUGCGAAAACUAUGCUGCCAGUAAAAACCGACGUUCCGCAAGGAGUGUCCCGRCUUUGUCCUGGUGCAAGAAGAUCCUUCUUUUGUCGAAUGAAACGUAAGGUCGAAGGUGUUAGAUGCAACGAGUUGCAAGUCAAAGAAGAAGCCGAUACAACUACUGGUUGUCACAGACGAAAGAAACAACAAAAUGUCGGUUAGUUAUUAAUGUUUCACUCUGUUUUUUAUUUUC